GCGAAAGUGACUUCACAACCCAAAAACCGCAAAAAGAAUCUUCGCCUUCCAAAUUUCCAUUUUUUUUCCCCCUCCUCUCUAAGAAACCAAAAUUUGCUUUUCUUUCGUUUUCUCUCUCUCCAAACAACAAUUACGUCUCUCUCACUCAACACUUACAUUAUUUAUAAAUAAAUAAACAAAUAAAUCUCAUUACCUUCUCUCUAUAUAUUCAUUCAUAGAUCUCACCGCUUGCCUUCCACCUCAUUUCACCUCCUUUUUUCUCAGCUUGAACAGACAAAAAAGAAAAAGGAAAGGGAAAAAAAAACCCAAAGGAAGGAAGGAGAAGAAUUGUGAGAAAAAGAAGAGAUCAAAAAUGGGUUCGGUUCCACCAGAACUGAGCUUGGAUUUUGGACCAACUUUUGUACCCAAAACGAUGAUUAAUUUUCUCGAGGAGGUUUCAUUGAUCGGAAACGUUUCUCACAAGGUUUCGAGACUCGAUGCUGUUGUUAUACGAUUGGAACAAGAAAUGAGAAAGAUCGAUGCUUUUAAACGCGAACUUCCUCUUUGCAUGCUCCUUUUGAAUGAUGCGAUUGUAGCUUUGAAAGAGGAGUCAAUGCAAUGUAUAGCAAGAAAUGUUGAACCAGUUUUAGAAGAAUUUAUUCCAUUGAAGAACAACAAGAAGGAAAAUAAUCACAGUGAAGAAGAUGGUGCCUUAAUCACCACCAAAAAGGACAAAGAUUCUAACAACAACAACUGCAAUAAUAAUAAGGACAAGAAAAAUUGGAUGAGUUCCGUUCAGCUUUGGAACACUGAUGAGGAUGAUGAUUAUCACUCCACUGAUCAUCGCAAACUAGACACUAAGAGAAAUGAUGAAUAUCUAUUUCAAGGAUGUAAAAGCAGGGGAGGAGCGAAGGCGCUUAUUCCAUUCAAGGCAAAUUUGGGUUUUGCAGUGAGGAAAGAAGAGAAAGAGGAGAUACCAGUUCAUGGACUAACGCUUUUGACUCCUGGAAUCAAGAAUCUGAAAGAGGAAUCAGGGUCUACGGGAUCAAGGACAAGUUGUAGCAGAGCAAUUUCGUCUUCUGCCCCCAAUGCUCAGUCAAAUUUUCGAUCUGGACCACAGCCGCUGUCCAAUCACCAGCAGCAGCAGCAACAACAGCAGACUGCUAGGAAGCAAAGGAGGUGCUGGUCACCCGAGUUGCAUCGCCGGUUUGUCAAUGCCUUGCAACAGUUAGGAGGCUCUCAAGUGGCCACUCCAAAGCAGAUUAGGGAACUUAUGCAAGUAGAUGGCUUGACCAAUGAUGAAGUUAAGAGUCAUUUGCAGAAAUACCGACUUCAUACAAGAAGACUUCCACCUUCCAAAACCACCCCUGCAAAUCAAUCAGUCGUUGUUUUGGGGAGUGGUCUGUGGAUAUCCCAAGAUCAGUAUGGAGAUUCCUCAAAGGGGAGCAGUUCCCAUUCUGGUUCUCCUCAAGGUCCUCUCCAGUUAGCCACAAACACUGGAGGGACCUCUACUACAGGAGGUGACAGCAUGGAAGAUGAUGAAGAUGCAAAAUCCGAGGGCUAUAGCUGGAAAAGCCAUAUUCACAAACCCGGAAAAGAUGAUGUAUAGAGUUUAUCCACCAUGAAUUUUGCAGAUAAAGUAUACAUGGAAGGAGUUCGUGACCAUAAAAAUUAUAAUAUACUAUUACUAUAUUAUACAUAAAGGAGAAAGAUCUUGAGAAAUGAGAUAGAGGCUGUGAAAUUUUGCAGGAUUUGCUUUCCUUCGAUCUUGAAUUGUGUUUUUGUUUUCUUCCGGAAUGAGUACAAGAAUUCCAAUUAUGAUCCAUGUUUUCAUGGAAGAAACAUGAGAACUAUUCCUAUAUCAUAAAGCUAUAGCUUCUCCAUUAUUUGCUCUAUUACAUUGAAUCUCUGUUUGCUAGUGCUUUCUACUAUUUUGAGGUUUUAUAAAUGCCUUCAUCUCCUAGAAAUUGUUGUUAAAAUCACUGUUUUGAUAGCUAUUUCUUCUGUUCUAAGUGCAAGUAGUCUGGCUUACUAACUUAAUCCACUAGCAAUUCCUUUUUCUUCCAGAUUUUUGUUUUUGGUACACAGUUUAGGACGAAAAAUGGUUUACUUGUUCCAGGGUAAUGGCAAAUCGCAAGCUUCAAUAAGAAUUUAUAUUGGAAUUAUAGAUUGUCCAUCAGAAAAAUUUUCUGGCAAUGGAAGAUUGCUGGCAAUAGAAGUCGAUAUUCCAAUCUUUGUGAAGCAUUACUUCUAGCAUCUCUCCUUUUUUCAUUGAGACACUGUUGAGUAAUUGCUCAUAGAAAGUUUCUUGAGGACAAUGAUGAAGCUUGGUAUAAGCUGAAUCUUGUUGCCAGGAGACACCAAGAAGAAACCAAAAAUGACAAAAAACUUACGCAGGUAGCAUCUCAUAUUUGACAAAUCCGGGGCAAUUAAGCUGUAAAUUAGAGAUAUUUCAUGACCAAUUUUUAAUAGCCGCUUUGGUUAUUCAAUGGGUUUUCAGCUUUCACAGAGAACUUUCAACAGCUAGUUGUACUGUUCACACAUGCAUGGUGUCCACCUUCAUUUUCCCCUGGGAAAAAUCUCAAAUCUUUUCUACGUACAGAGUACCACUCCUAGAAAUGACCUUGAAGAUUAAGCAAAGCAAAUAUCAGCCUUUUGAAGACUAAGGGUACAACAAGGAAAAAACUUGACCUCACAUUUUUCCACUGCCCCGUCGGGUAGGCCAGUGUGUUUAUCCCUGGGGUAGAUGAGAUUUGACAAGGCCUGUUCUUUACUUUUACUUUGUUACUAUUCUUA